UUCUUACAGCUUUACUGCCGUGAUCUCUGUUUGUUUUCUGCAGACACUCGCAGACGAAUAACAACGACAGCUCUUUAGCGGUGAUCAACUCUUGGUAAGUCAAACAAACACAACUCUUUCUCACCAUCAUCGCUAUCAUUUGCUUCGCAUCUUUUCCUCAUUGUUGCUGUGAUUAUGAUCUAUCAUUCUUUUCACACCGGUCUCAUCGCCGCCAUCUAUUAUCAUCAUGUUUCCUUCACGAUCUAAGUUCUUCACUGUCAUCUCUCUCGAGAUCAUCAAAAAUCCAUGGCUCAAGAUUCUUCUGGCAUGAAUAAUGCUAAUAUAAUGCUUCCAAACUGCAGACACCGCCAAAGCCGACAUCAUGGGUGUGGGCCAACAACGUCGCGCCAAUCAGGGCCCGCCUUCAUCGGCUGGUAACUCUGGUCAACAGCAACAGCGUCCUUUGGCGCCACCAUCAGUUGCCGGUGGACCACCAGCAUCAUCAUCAGGUCGCCCAGUUUCCGCCAACAUGGACGGACCAGGUGAAACACGCAAACACUCCUUUGGCCCAGGCCUUGGUUUUGAUCCCGCUAGAGAUCAGAAGAAGGAGGAGCCCAGAAAGUUUAAUACUCGUGUUGAGCUUCCACUUUAUCGUGAUAGCGUGAGUAAUGCUCUUAUUUGUUGAUAUGUGUGGUGUUUGACCAUGGUGGUUUCACAAUCUGUGUGGGCGCAGUUGGCUUCAAGGAAGUGUGGCACAUUGCAUGAUGGGAAUAUACCUCACUAUUGGUGAUGAUUAACCGUACCACUUUAACUUUUUGCCUCAAUUCCCAUAACCUCACUGUCCCUCAAGAUCUAUGAUCAGCAAGGUUGUUCUGCCUGGCGGGACCAUCCCCUCCCCUCUCAAUCACAUCAAGCUAGUUGCUUGAUUGAAUUCUACUCUUCCCGGAAGAAGUGAGGGGAAUCAAAACGGAACGGACCUACCUACUUCAGAAUCAUACCCCGCUUUAGGGGCGACUUUUCCAGUUGAGGAGUGCUUAAUUCACUUAUCCAAGGCAUUAGCGUGCUUUUCCUCCCCUUCUCCUCUCAACUAGCUUCGGGGCAUUGUCUACAAAAGAGGCCUCCCUCUCCCUUCAACCUCCAUCUUACAACAAAAACACUCGACAACUCCCCUACCUACCACAACUCUAUCUUUAACACUCACACAUACUCCCACAAAUCAUUAUCCAUCAUAAUACAACAAUUACAAUCAAAUUCACCACUUUUCCAAGUCUUUAUUGCUGGUUGAUUUUCACAGCAGUGUUCUUCAAACAUCGUCACCUUCAUCCUCUAUUCUCUUCACCUUUUUCUUGACCUCAAUCGACCGUAAAAAUGGAAAACAUCUAUUUUUCGAAUCUCCAAGCUAAUGGCUCGCAGUAUAAUGCUCCCGCCUCCAGCAUUCUUCCUGAUCGUCCAGGUUACAACACCCAGGGCAAGGCUAUUAGUGUUCGGGUAAAUCAGUUCAAAGUCCUCGAUGCUCCAAGAACAGAUGUCUACCAGUACGAUGUAAGCACUAAAACUUCCUCGUGACUCACCUUAGAAACUAAUGAACAAUGCAGAUCUUGAUUGGUAAGGGCGAUGCAAAGCCCGGACUCGUCAAGAAAGUCUGGCAAUCCAAAGCUGUUCAAAAUGAAUUGGCAAAGCAUGGCACAAUGUGGCUUUGGGAUGGCAACAAGAUUGCUUGGUGAGUGGUUUUUUGUUCAAAUACGAUCUCAUAUUUUCCAAUUUACUUACAUAUUUUAGGUGCUCGAGACCACUGGCUCGUGGUGAAGUUCGCAUUGCCGUUGAUCUCGAUGUUGAGAAUGGUAAACCAGGUGGAGAUCCCGAGAGAAUGAUUUACUGCCAUAUCAAGCAGACAACCAUCAUUAGAAUGGCUUCAUUGCACGCCUAUCUCAAUAAGCAAUGUGAUUUCGAUAACACUGUUCUUUGCGCCAUCAGUAAGUCUAUUUGUUGCAACUUAUGAUGAAUUAACUAACUCAUAUUGGAGACUUCCUUGACCACAUGCUUCGUCAAUGGCCCAGUGAGAGAUACACUGUGCAAAAGCGCAGCUUUUUUGCUCGUGGGCUCAAUCGUUCUCCUUUGGAUAACACUAUUGAGGCCAUGAAGGGUGUUUACCAAUCAAUCCGUCUUUGCAACCAUAUCGCUGAAGGUAGUGCUAUUCGUGGUCUUGCAGUCAACGUUGAUGUUGCAAAUGGCACAUUCUGGACUUCACAAGAUGUGAUGCAGGCUGCUCGCAACUUGUGCAGUGCUAAAAAUAGAGCUCUGAGCUAUGAUGUCUUCCGCAAGGACCUCAUGCCACGUCAGUCCAACAAGGAGGGUGGUAGACUUGAGAAGUCUGCAGAAUUUUUGACUCUUGAAAAGAUGAAGAAAUUGAAGUUUCAUCUCAAGCAUCAUGGCAAGGAACAAGGCAUGUAUUUUCUCCUCAAUGGUAUAUUUUUUUACUAACAUUUGAUUCAGAUACGAAGGUCUAUACCAUCAAGAAGUUUACUUUCUCUCACGACCCUAAGUAUGCCAACACCGGUGUCAAUGCCAAGAACUACUAUUUUACCCAAAAGGACACUGGCAAGGAGAUGUCUGUGUAUGACUACUUUAGGACCAAGUAUAACAUCCUUCUGAAGUUUUGGUGGGCUCCCUUGAUCGAAACAGAGAGAGCUGGCUUCUUCCCGAUGGAAGUUUGUACUUUGAUUCCCAAUCAGAAAUAUCAGUACAAGCUUGAUCCCAACCAGACGUCAUCGAUGAUCAAGUUUGCUGUUACCAGGCCCAAAGUCCGUAUACAAUCAAUUGAGCACGGCCUCAAUAUGUUGAAAUGGCAAGAAGACCCUUACCUUGCUCAUUAUGGUUGCAAAAUCGAUCAAAAUAUGACUAUGGUAAGUUGCCCUUCCACAUGUUUUCCCUUGAUAUAUGGUCACUUACAACUUUCUAGACUCAAGCCCGACUUCUCCAGAAUCCCGUUGUCCAAUUCGAUAAGGCCACCAUUGAUCCCAAGACCUUUGGUCGCUGGGAUCUACGUGGCAAGAGGUUCCUUUACGCCAAUCCAGAACCACUGAAUUCCUGGGCUGUUGUCAUUGUCGGUGGUUGCAUCCAAUUACCUGCUGUGAAGAACUUCCUACAGGUUUUUAUUCAGACCUACAUUGGUCAUGGUGGUAAAGUUACCAACAAGACCCCUCCCAUUCUUCAGUGCGCACCUGAAGUCGAUAGAGUCGCUGUGGGCGUUCAAGAAGCUCGUAGGGCCGCUGGUCAACAAAGCAAACAAACGCCUCAAAUUCUUUUCUUCAUCAUGCCCGAUCGAAAUUCGUUCCUGUACGAACGUUUGAAGAAGAAUAGCGAAUGUCGUUUCGGUAUGAUGUCGCAAAGUAAGUGGUGACAAUCUUAUUUCAGAAGCGUAACUAAUUACUAUAGUGAUGAAUGUUGCUCAUGUCCUAAAGGCACAACCUCAGUACUGUUCAAACGUUUGUAUGAAAGUCAAUGCCAAGUUGGGUGGAACAACUUGCAAAGUUGCUGAUUCGAAGCCACCGAAGCCAUUUUUUUCACGACCAACCAUGAUUAUUGGUGCAGAUGUCUCUCACGCCUCACCAGGUUCACCUCAAUCAUCUAUGGCUUGCUUGACAAUGUCAAUGGAUUCAACGGCUUGUAGAUAUGCUGCUACGGUUCAGACAAAUGGUAACCGUGUUGAGAUGAUUUCCAAGGACAACAUCAACUCCAUGUUUAUUCCUUUGUUUAAACAAUGGGUCGCCAAGGUCGGCAAAGGAUCGGGACCUCAACAUAUUUAUUACUUUAGAGACGGGGUUUCUGAAGGUCAAUUUGAACAUGUGAUCAACCAAGAAAUCAAAGACAUGAAGGCUGCUCUGGAGAACGCAUUUGGUCAGCUUGCUACAACUGUAAGUGAUUCCGUCUUUCAACACUCCAUGUUAUUUUAACUAAUUACUCUCAGAUUCGUUGGACCGUUACUGUGUGCACUAAGCGCCACCAUUUGAGAUUCUUCCCCAAGGAUAAUGAUAUGGCAGCUAGUGAUAAGAAUGGAAACGCACUUCCGGGUACUUUAGUUGAGCGUGAUAUUACUCAUCCAUUUGAGUACGACUUUUACUUGUGCUCACACUCGGCUAUUCAGGGUACUGCUCGUCCUGUUCACUAUCAAGUCAUUAUGGAUGAAGCCAAGGUUCCUGUGAAUGACUUUCAAAGAAUGGUAUACCAGCAUUGCUAUCAGUACAUGCGCUCUACCACCCCGGUCUCCCUAUGUAAGUUUCUCAAUACUUAACCAUUUUUCUUCAUGCUAACUUACUUUUAGAUCCUGCUGUCUACUAUGCACACUUGGCUUCUAACCGUGCUCGUGCACAUGAGGCUCAAGGUUAUAGUGCAGGACCUCGUGGUGGGGAGAAAUUUCUGGAGAAACAAGCUGCUGCAGCCGCUGACAGAGUGGCCGGUCGCGCACCACCAGAAUCCAGUCAAACAGGUUCAAGUAACUUGGUUGAAAACGUUCCACUGCUUCCUUUGGGAACUUUGAAUGAUCAAGACAAGGUUAACAACGAGGACCUCGUGAAAAUUCGCACCGGUAUGUGGUACAUUUAAGUGCCUUCGACUCCUCAUCGUCACCAUGAUCUUUGACCUUGUCCUUGACCUUGACCACUUUUUACUUCUUUAUUUUGUUUUAUUACAAUAUUUUGAUCCUCGGACCCCUAAUCUUACGAUUUCUCAAUAUUUCUCUGCUUACUAGUGGCUAUCGCAACUGGUGUAUGAGGGAUUUGAGAAUAGGACUUGUAACUUCACUUCGGGCUUUGAAAUCAUCUCGGAUUUUUUUUUCAGGGACUAAGGUUUCAAGUUUCCUCCUUUUAUUUGUGCAUAUGGAUACGUGAAGUCAUUAUGGGCUUGAUGAUGGAGAUGGUAUUAACGAUUAACGAAAGGUUUUAGCGAUGGGAUAGUUGCAGGAUGGGUUUCUUCCUCUUUUCAUUUUAGUGUGGCUUGUGGUCGAUGUCCUCAAUUGAGAAGAUAUGAAUGGAAUUUGAUGAUCUUGAGGUGGUACUUAGCUGACUUUGAGGAAAUGAAACUGCGAUUGAAUUUAAUU